AUGAUUACCUUUCCAGCCUCCUCAAGCACAAAUGGUAUGCAGUUGGAUGUCCAGCGAUUUUUAGCCGGUCUUGUGCCUUGGGUUUUCGGCAUAUCACGCUCACCAUCUCGACAUCAACAAGCAGCUUCUUCGUCCACGCAGCAAUUUGGCGCCGGAUACAUGGCCCUUAUUGAUGUGGAUUCAUACACCUCUUCACUGCUCAUGCUUACGCUUCUCUCUACAAUAUCAAUACUGGUUCUGACGCUGUUCAUUCGGAGGGUACGCAGCGGAUAUCAUGCCUUCUUAGCCCUAGGCCCAGGAGGUACGCCCUCGACCUUUAGAGGGUACCUUCGAAUCUGUGUGCUGCAGAUCUUCGUGCUUAGAGAUCCUCUAAAUCCGCCCUGUCUGCCUCCCGACCUUCACCCUCAUGCCGGUAUUCUACAGAAUUUGCCCAAAAGGAGUUUAUCCCGACCUAAAGUCGCGGGGAUCGCUCCCCAGCGUCAAAUAACCCAGCGAGGCACUUCGGCCAUGUACUCAGCGCUUGCAGCCGCAAUCAAAGAUAUAUCCGUCCAUAAUUCCGACCGCUUUUACACUGAUACUUCAUGCUUCGAAAAACACAGUACUGGUCUGUUUUCGGUUCCGACUCUGAGGAACCAGCCGACCUGCAACGGCGAAGUAUGUCAUUCUCACCCAAGCGACGGCAGUCUCCACCUAACACUUCACCCCCUGGACGUGAAACACAUCAUCGAUAAGGGAUGGGGAGAACGCCAUCCCCUAGCGAGAGAGAGCUGGUGGUGGAAGCUGAGAUUUGUGCCUACGGGAUUCGUAAUGAUCUACGCGCCCCAGACGAUAGAGGACUUGCAGUGUGUGAUACAGAUCGUCCAUGCCGCUGCGUGGUGGGUAACGGGUAUCGAACCGCGCUCUCAAAGCUGUACCCACAAGGUUGCCACUCUACAAGUUCAGCGAGCGACACACGGUGAUUCUCAGGCAGAAACGAAUUCGGCUCUGAAUUGA